AUGGCGGACGGUAUCGCCAUUCCGGUACAAGUGAAGAUUCACGUUCAAGAAAUGGUUAAAACUGAGUUUGAGAUUCAAAACAUUAUACAAGACAUACGGCAAUGUUAUGGGCCAUUAAGUUUACUUAAUGAUAUCAACUUGAAGGUAAAACAAAAGCUGAAUUUUCUGAGACAAAAAGUUGAGGUACGUGGAAGUUCUGGGAAGUUUCUUCAGAACCUUUAACCUUGUUAGCUAGUAUAAAUUAGUAAAAUCGUUACCUGGGAUGAUGAAGAUUACAGGAUUAAUAUGUAUUAACAAUCAAUAUGAGUAUUUAUUUGUAAAAUUGUAAGUUACGUAUAUAAAUCUUGACUGUUGCUUCUUCGAUUCAUUCAUACAAAAUUUGGAUGAAUCCGCUGCGAUCCACGUUGCCUGCCUGCCGCUUUGAGGCAGUUUAUUUAAGUCUAUGAUCCGGAUAGCGUUGUUAAUAGGAUUGAGUGGAGUCCAUUAGGUUUGUAAUUGUACGAGUUAUUAACAAAAUCGAGUAUGAUUAUUGACCAAUUUGGACAACAUGAAGUUCUCUGUUAAAAAAAAAAAAGAAAAAAAAAAGAAACUUAAAAUAUUUCGAAUUUUGCUACAGUUAUCAUUAUUUGGUAGCUACGUAGAACUUUCACCACUGUUAUUCAUAGUUGGAUGAAUGACAGAGGUGACAGUUCUCUACAAUUGCAACUACCAAUUAAAAGCUAUAGAAAAAUUUGCAAUAUUUUAAGCUUUUUUUAAAUUAAAACACAUGACAUUUGAAAGUUUUUGCGAGCAGUGAAAAAAAAAACUUUCAAGAUGCAUACUGUCCUAUACACUGUCCUACUUAUAAUAGGGAGCUUAAGCAACAACGAUGGUGACGGCUACGAAAACAUCACUAAAAAGUGAGGUCGCACUGCUUCAAACUUUAUCGCACUUAUUCCACCUUGUUAAAUUUGUCAGAUGUUGGCAGUUUUUACUGGAGUUGAAUAGUAAAAGACUGUAUCGAAGUUCAGGAAAAGAAAAAGAAAGUCUUUGUCUUGUGUUCACGUCCUCCUCAAAACGUGAAAUUAGGUAUUUUCACAUUGUAGUCGUGCAGUGACGGCACAUGCAGAGUCAUUGUUUUGCCAAUCCAAACCUAUUGCUUUUUUGCUGUUCUCGUUGAUGUCGCCGUUGUCAUUUCUACGUUUAAAGAGUGAUAACCUGGGACCCAAACUAAGUGCAUGCUCAUUCAUGAGAUUGUUUGGGGGGACAGGUUGAACAGCUGUAGAGGACUAAGUAAAGAGGACUGAAAUGGACUGGGCCCAAGCCCUGAAUCGUGGGAUGAUGCAAUCGAAUGUAAUCAGAAUGACUGAGUGUCGAGUGCAGUAAAGAUGUUGAGUUUUACAGAUUAUUUGUCGUUUAGCUGUUGCCUUUGACCCAGAUUGGGCUAACACAGCCACCUUGAAUGUUACGAGACAUACAAGUUGUUGUGUUUUUUGUGUACAAAUAACUUCAGGAACUUCCAGGUCCGUGCAUGCUUUCCUUUGUAUGAGCUGUGUUUUCUUUCUGAUUGUUUUGGCUUCAUGGCAAAGAAGCCAUCCCUGAAGCUGUUUCACAGUGCAUUCUUCUGGUUUUUCUUGAGGUAAAAUUGCACCAGGCAUAUCUUCUUCUUUCAGCUUCACAUUUUCAUGCUUUUUUUCUUUCAAUUCCACCUUCCAUCUUGCUAUUUUGAGCUGUUUAAACCCUGCUGAAACAUUCCACUUCGCUGUCAUUCCACUUCGCUUUCCACCAUGUUUGUUUGCAUUCGCGUCCCCCCAAAUAAUUCCAUAAAUGCGCGGGCGCCUAGUUUGGGUCUCAGGCUAUCACACUUUUCCAAAGUGAGUUAUUUCUCUGUCUCUUAUUAAUAAUGGUAAAUGAACUGAGGAGAGUGCAAUUUGGUCUAAAAUCAUAUGCUUGAUUUUAAUAUUGAAUGAGCGUGCCACGUGAGUUUGAUUUGAAAUAACAAGUAUGAUUUCAGACCAAAAUUGCACCAUGUGAAGUUCUAUUACCACUUUAUUACAGCCUUUUUGAAACCGCAGUCAGUGCCAAUAUUUAUUUGAUCUACAGUUGUGGUGGCCGGCAUGAAUGACAGGAUUUAAAACAGCUGUAAUUUACAGCAAAAAAUAGUGUGAUUCGUUAAUAAAUCAUACUGCUGAGGGCCAAUCAGAUUGCAGGGAUCACCAUUGAUUUCAAAAUGGAUAUGAUAAAUGUUGAAAUCAGGACCAUUCAUAGCUAACCAAUUUUGUUAUAGUUAUGAUUAAAAUAUUACCCAUGGCUGUGGUCUUAAAUAAGGUAUAGGGAAACUGAUCAGCAGCAUGAAGAAUAAAUUUAAGUUUGCAGUCACCCUGACUAGGGAUUUUUGAUGCCUAGUCUAGACUGCAUUUACGAAAUACAGCUGAAUCUGAUAUAGGCUAAGAACUCCACGAUCCCCGCCAAUGGUACAAAACCCACCAAAUAAUUCCCCAAGUAUCCACCUAAAUGAUAAGGUUCCAGGGAUUUAGUUAUUUUCUUAUUUUCUUGUUUAAUGGAUAGGACCCUUUGGAUUCAACAUUGUUCCUUAAAGUGACACAGGGUUCUUAAUAGGAUUUGAAGUAGGCAUCUGCUCAACCUGGUGGCUGUGACAAAUGGAUGGGCAGUAAACUAGGGAGGGAAAAGCAGCAAAUAAAAUGCAAAGUAAUCGGCUAGCACUUACAAAGUAGGUGGCAAUCAAUCAGCUGGUGCCAGCUUCUAUUGAGAACCCUGUGACAACUUCCAGGUUUCUUGCAAGUAGACUUCACCUGAGACUUUUCUGAUGAACUGUAUUUUUUUAUUCUCUUUACCUGGAGUAGUCAAUUGAUAAAAAUCAGUAUCCAUCAAGUGAUUUUUAUCGAUUGAUAACGAAAAUCGGUGAAAAUUGAUAAACUAAAUUGCUGUGUCAAAUCGAUAUUAUUAUUUUUCAUGAUUUUAAUGAAUAUAACAGAAGUACACCAUUGUUUUUUUUUGGCAUGAGUUAGAUAGUACAGCUGAGAAAACACAUCCACUGAGAUUGAUUUUCAUGUUUGCUGAGUAAUAACUACUCAGCAAAAUUAUUGCAACUCAAUUGUCAAUAAAUAGUACUGUUUGCUUGAAUUCGGUUUUCAUUUUUUUAUGAACAGAUGUACCGUAAAAUUCCGAAAAUAAGCCCCGGGACUUAUAUUUUUCAAAGGCCCUUUUUGAGGGGCUUAGUUUUGGAGGGGCUUUUAUUCAGAGGGGCUUAUCUACGGAGGGAAAUUUGCGUUUCCAAAUGGAUUGGGCUAGCCUUAUAGUUGGAAGUAAAUUUAUCGUUUUGGCUUUGUUUUACUUUGUAUUUGAGGGCAAUUUUCCAAGUACAAGCCCCCGGGGGGCUUAUCUUUGGAGGGGUGAUUUAAUGAAGGGUUUUUAGCGUUACCGGUUUGGGAGGCUUAUAUUAAUUUUGGAGGGGCUUAUUUUCGGAAUUUUAUGGUAUAUUCCAAUAUAAAUAGAUGAAAUCGGUAAAAAUUUAGAUAAAUCGAUGAACAACAUGAGUGUGUCAUCGAUUUCUACCAAUUUAUCGAUGCAAUCGAUAUCAAUCAAAUCAGAUUUACCGAGUUUCAUUGAUAUCAAUUGAUAAAUCGAUACCGAUUUUUAUCGAUUAACUUCUCCAGGUCUUUACCACUUCUAAAGGUAUCAUUGCCAUCACCAACAUUUGUAUUUUAAUCAUUCUUAUUUUUAUUAUGACUUAGUAUACUGGUGUUUUUAUGAGAAAAGUAUUAAAGAUUGAGCACAAAAAGCCAAACACAAAAUUCUGCAUUAAUUUCUUUUAGUGUUUAGAGCAAGUGGCCUUUGAGCAAGAUAAAGAAUCUGACCGCCUGGCAAUUCUAGCAGUUAUGCAACAUCACAGAAAGGAGUUGUCAAAGUAUAUUGAAUUCUUUUUUCUACAUAUUAGAAAAUUUCAUUUACCAGUAUUUGUAGUAUACCAAGAGAACUAGGAAUGACUCCAUUGAGUGCAUAGAUACAUGUAUGUUACAUGUCAAAAUUAACCAAGGUUGAUUCUCAAUUUUCUUUGUGUUCUAGCCCUAAUUCAUGAAUAAUUAAGGCUUAGGAGACAAAGGAAAUAGCGAAUCAACCUUGGAUAAAAAAUAUUAACCUGAAUUUAGAUUUAAUGAUUUGCAGUAAGUAGAGCAGUGAUACUGUUCUGUUAUUCUCGUUUUUACUUACUUACUCAUUUAUUUAUUUAUUUAUUUAUUUAUUCAUUUUUGUCUUUUUUUCAUAAAUCUCUCCAGUCUACAAACAUCAAUCAGGAAAGCCAAUUUAGAUUCCAAGACCAUUAUUGACAAAAGUGAAAAGGAAGAGUUGUUGGGUGGACAGUCUAGUUCUAAUAUGAGACAAAGGUUGGUAAAGAACAAAGGGGAUUUCUAAUAUAAUUGGCAAUUAUUGAUGAGGCCAAUGGCUAUAAAUAGCUAUUAAGCCAUCCCCCUUUUUUUUGUUUAGCGUUGAAUGCAUUUUCUGAUAUUGGGUCAGUCGGUCGGAUUAAAACAAAAAAAACUAAAAAAUCACAAGAAGUCUUGGAAUAGGAGGCCCCGGUACCCUGGGACGACGUUAAAAGUUAACAUUCACACAAUUGGAUGAACAAAAUGUACAAUUUACUGUAAAAAAUGUUCCUGUUUUUCUCUAUGCUGUUACCAUGAUCAUUUUUCAGACAGAUUGAAAUAAAUAUUCCAAGUGAAAAAUGGUUUACGUCAUUACCUUUUUUUUAAAAAAGUGCCAAAAAUUUGGGUCGGCCGGACAACGCUAAACAGAGAAAAAAAGAGGAUGGCCUUAUUCCAAACAACUUCAUAAAAAUAAUUUUUAAUUUCAGCCAAUCUGAUGCUUUGAACUCUUAAUAUCUUGUUGUCAGCACUGCUUGUUCACGACAGCAUAGAGAUUCAUUUCCUACCUAAGACCCCCAUGUGAGGGCGAAAGGGCUAUUAUUAUGAGUUUAAGCUGUAGAUUAAUAGCUGAUCCUGGAAAAUAUUAGUUUGCACUGUUGUAACCCCAGGUACUCUGGAGUUAACAUGGUUAAAGAGGCAGGAGUGAUCAAAGGAUUUUUUGGGGUUUGAAAUUUUCCAUUCUAGGAUUCUUUUGGGUAGGAAAACUUAGUAAGUAUUUUUCUUUUUUGGUGCCUUGGUUUAUACAGGUUUUUUUGGGGGGGAUAUUGAAAGCAGUCUGAAGAUUUGUGUAGCACUGCUUGUGUGAGUAUGCUGGCUGUAUAGUUCUGCCUGAUGAAGUACACAACCAAGGUGGUGUUGUGUUAAUUAAAAUUUCAUGCAUUGUGAUAAUAGAAUAUGGGUGGGAUUUUUUGAGGGUUAAUUUUUGGUCCAGAGAUUUGAAGGGGUUUCUUUGAAAGCCCUAGGGAUUGCUUUGAGUUUUGUUUUUUGACCUCUUUUGAUCAUCCCUAUCACCUUAACCCUGGGGCAUCCACCCCCCGCACUCCCUGCCUGCCCUUGGACAUCUAAAAUGCACCCACAGUCCCACAGUACAGGCAUAACACCUGAAAUUGCCUUUACAAUAUUACAUUGGUACUGUACAGAAACAUCUGUAGUGUUUUUAUAUAAUUUAUUAGAGAAAAUAUGUCUACCCCCAAGUUCUUUGCUAUCAUUUUAUGGUAUUGUAUCUGUUAAUUUUUAUUUAGAAAUUUUAACAAGGAGAAUUUAGCCAAGACUGCAAGCAAUAUAACACAAGAUUUAAGGAGCAUUGCCAGAAUGAUGGAGAGUCAAGUCAAGCAGAGUGAAGCAGAUAUGCAUGAAUUAGGUAAGAUACAACACAAGUCAUUCUUCUUUGGUAAAUGUUGGGCCCAGUUGUGUUAUAGCUACAAUGAGCUAAUCUUAAUGUAAGUUAACUGAUAGUUGAGAAUACCCCUUGAAGAAUUGUGAUACAGACAGCCAAAUAACUGUUGGUGUGAACAACACCUACAAGGAACACCAGUCUUUCCUUUGCAGUUACUGGCACAUUUGCAUGGCAAGGAUUCUGCAUGAUUUUGAAACAAAUUGUAUUGUAGUCUUUGGAGUUUUAGUGAGCAUUUAACGAGUGUUAACGUUGUUUCUUGAGCUAGGCCAGGCUUUUUCUAUCGGCGGUUGCCCCCCUCCCCUUCCCCUCUUUUGCUUUUCCUUUUCCCACUCUUUAUCAGUGCAAGCAUGCCUGUCCUUUUUCAUUUCUGCAAGGGGGCUCAUGGCUGGGUUUCAUUAAAGAGAGCAAGAGAUAUAGUUGAUAUUUUGAAAAAGGAAUUUUUAAAAAUUAACAACAAAAUUUGAUUUGAUAUACAGGGCUGAACACUGCAGUAUUUGAACUUACGUGACGGAAAGUAAAAACAAAGAACACAUGGUUUUUCUGAAGGAAAUUCACUGUUUCAGAGUGCAGAACAUUUUUUUUUGACUUGUCAUGCACUUAAAAGUUAUCAAGGGUAAAAUUAUAUAAAAAUAAUCUGAAGGGAAACAAAAAUUACUUUGAGUUAGCAGAAGGAGCGAGUUAUCGAGGGCUUGAGUAACUGAGGUUGGAAUUACCAUAAAACUAUGAAGGAAAUCCUGGGAAAUUGAUUUUGGCUCAAAUUAGCGUGAUGUUCAAGUUAGCGAGGGUUCGAGUUCUAUUGAAAGUCAACUGCACAUUCCUAGACAGAAAAGUUGUUAUCUAACAUUUUCCUUAUUCCUGAGUAAAAGUUUUAGCUUUUAAAACCUUUUUUGAGGAAUUCAGGCUUGGAAGUGGAGUAACAUUUUUUGUUAUGUCUGAUUUCUAGCUUCCUCAUCUGCGCAGAUAAAAGAUACACAAGAUGAAUACAAGGGAUUAUCAGGUAUAAUUCAGACCAGCAAAAACCUGCUAAACAAAUACAACAGAAGAGAAAUCACAGAUCGCUUACUUAUUUUCUUUGGACUUGUACUGUUCUUUUCCACAGUUCUUUACAUUUUGAAAAAGCGGCUUCCAAUAUUUGGAGGAUGA